AUGCCUAAGUCUACCGCUAUAAAGAAUAUCAAGCAGUUUAAGUGCCACUAUGAGAACUGCAAUAACUCAUACACUCGCACCUUCAGACUAAAUUUUCACAUAAAAACUUUUCACAUGGGCAUUAAAUAAAUCUUUAAGUGUCAGCAAUGUGACAGAAAGUUUUCGGAGAAAAGUAAUUUAAAGAUUCACUAAAGAAAACAUUCGGGGGAGAAACCCUUCUAAUGUGAGCACUGUCUGCGAAAAUUCUCUGCUAUUGGCAACAUGAAAGAUCAUCAAAGAAGACACCUGCAAGAAAAACCGUAUACGUGCCCUUGCUGCAAUAAGAAAUUUUAUCGAUAAUACUUAUUAAUAACUCACGCAAAGAAAAUGCAUUCUGAUUCUUUUGAUUAAAACUAGGAGUUAUUCAAACAGAAAGCUUAAAUUAUGUUCUCGGAAGGGGAAGAAGAAAAAAUGGAAGUCGAUACAGAUAAAUCUACGGUGUCUACAAUUGAUCAUAAUACAUCUGAUCUAAAAUAUUCAGUGAUUGAAGCCAUGAGUUCUCCAGACUAAUAAUAAAAAGAUAUGCAAAUUAAAAAUAAAAUGUAAUCGGUUCCCCAGAAUCAAUACGUUUAAACCGAUCAAAUUUUCCUACCGCAGCCUACCUACCCGAUCUACAGCUUCAACGGCAUUUAAAUUUGUGAUUAAUUCAAUCCAAUAUAAAUGCCUGCGCAAAAUAAUUUUAUACUUUUAAGAGGAUUCUCUCAACCUACUUAAUCACUCAUCUAUACAACUAUUCCGGCAAAUUCAAAAAUCUAAUUUAUCACUCCCUAUCAUUAUUAAUGA